GAAAUUGACUGCGCCAUUUGUGUUUGCUGCAAAAAAAAGAGUAAAUAUGAACAAAUAUCUGAUUGAAAAGGGAAGAAAUGAGGCAGAAGUCCAAGUUUCUGUUGAAAAUAGUGCAACCGAUUCCGAUGAAUGCGUUGCAGUCACACACUCUAGCAACGGCGGCACUAAACGCAAAAAAGGCUUUUCUAAAGUAUGGAAAUACUUUGUUAGAUCGCAGGAUAAAAAAUUAGCGAAAUGCGUUAAAUGUGGAAAGGUGUAUAAAACCAGUGGGAACACAAGCAACCUGCGUGACCACUUAACUAGGUUUCAUCCUAACUGCGAGGAAAACGAAGAGAAUUCAGAUGUUAACUUCUAUACCAGUUCAAGCAGUCGCCAGUCCAGCAUAAGAGCAGUUGCGUCUUAUUUUAGUCGAGCUAUUGAAUAUGAAAAUGAUUCAAAAAGAAAAAAGGAUAUCGACUACGCAUUGACCAGAUUAAUAACAUUGUGCAUGACGAAGACUUCAGAAGCUUCGUUCGGGUUUCAGAUCCACGCUAUGUGUUGCCAAGCUCGAAAACAUUGCGUGAUAUAUUAUUAAAAAAACAGUACGACCUUUCUAAGGAAAAAUUGAAAGUUACCUUGGCUGAUAUUGAACAUGUCAGCAUCACUUGCGACGCUUGGACAUCUGUAGCGAAUGAGUGUUAUCUAACCCUUACAUGCCACUUUCUUGUGGAUUUUGAGAUCAAGUCAUCCGUGUUGUCAACCAAAAAACUCGAUGAUUCCACCAAUCAUAAAGCCACAAAUAUAGCGAAUUCCAUACAAAGCGUAUUGGAUGAUUGGGAGAUUUUUCAAAAAGUUCGUUGCAUUGUUACAGACAAUGCCAAUUCGAUGAUCAA